AUGAAUAUUUAUAUGACAAUAAUGGGUUGUGUACAACCAUCUCAAAGUUUUAUACCAUCUAAUCAUAUUCCUAUUGAACGAUUAUAUGAUGAUGGAAGUUAUCCAAUGAUGAUACCUUCACCUAUUGUUAUGAUUACUGCACCACCUGCACCAGCUUAUGUAAAAAGUGCAUUAAAAAAAUCUGAUCCUGAUGAACAACGAAUGACAGAAAGACGUAUAUUUUCAAAACGGCAAUUACCAUCAGCUAAUAAAUCAGUAAAUUUUGAUGAGACAGUAUUAGUUAAAUCACGUACACCUACACCAAGUAAAAUAUGGUAUGAAAAAGCAUCAUCAACUAUGCCAAUGAGAUCGAAUCGAUCUAACGAUGAUGAUGAUGAUGAUGAUGAUAAUGAUAAUUAUGAUGACGAUGAAGUUUUGUCUGAUGAAGGACAAGAAAGUAAUGAACAGAUGGAUACUGAAUCAUACAUUCCAAGAUUAGGUACUCCGACUCCAUUAAUACGAAGAAAUCAAAAAAAUUCUUUUUGGAAUAAAACUAAUACAGUAGGACUUAUGCCUCCAACAGAUACAACACUAAAUAAUGAAUCUUAUCCAUUAAAUACACAACAAUAUAGUUCUCAAAUGAAUAUCAAUACAACAGAAAAUCGAAUUGCUUCAUCAGGAAAUCGUAUAAAAGUACGACGAAGAUUGCCUCACUUUGGUCCACCACAAAUUUCACCUGAUUCUUCAUAUGAACAUCCUCGACAACCUUCAGCUAUUCCUCUUCAACAAUCUUCUCAACAAUUUUUAGCUGUUCCACUUCGUCAAACUUCUCGACGACCUUCAGUCGUUCUUCUUCGUCAAACUCCUCGACAACCAGUACCUAUUCCUCUUCAUCAAUCUUCUGUACAACCUACAGCAGUUUUGGCUUAUCGAUUUCCUACACAAACUUCAAUCGUUUCUCCUUAUCAAUCUCCUGUACAACCUCAUACUGUUCUAUCUUAUCAAACACCUAUACAACCUCAAACUACUCAAUCUUAUCAAUCGCCUAUACAACCUCAAACUAUUCUAUCUUAUCAAUCACCUGUACAACCAUCUUCUGAAACCGUUCAUGUAAAAUAA